AAGUCUACCCCACCGCCCCUCAAAGCUUGUGAGAAUGAACCAAAGAAGAUACUGUGAAUCCCCUACUUUGAACGUACUGCAGUACCACCAGUCUAGCGCACACGAUACCCCAGCGGACAUGUGUUUCAUGCUACACUGAAACACUGAUUCGAGUCGUGAGGAAAUGUUCACUUCACAGCUGGGAAACAGCCAUAAGCUUAAUCGUGUUUCAUUUUUAUUGACGCUAUUAUCGCAAGUCCUUCGAAAUCAGCGACUGUUCGUUAUGGGUAUGCCGCGGGGAUUGUAACAUCCUAAACCACCACACUGUGUCAUGUCAACCUCCUGCCCGUCUUGCCACGGGUGCAUCAAGGAAGUAAAUGUCUGAAACCGGUAGCUGAGUGUGGGGGUGAAGAUAUCCAAGUAUAACAGUAACAGUAGCGGCCUAAUGCUUCACCUUGGCGCAGACACUCUCGAUGUGAAAAUCUGUCACACUGGACAUGUCUCUUUGUUCUACCAUGGCAACCGAUACUCCGCAUGACUUCAUGUGUGUCCUGCGACUGUGAGGCCAGAGAUGACACAUCCAGAAGUUCUACGUGUGCUGUUUGUAACAGAGGCCACAAUUUGGCCUGUACAGCAGAACAUUUAUCUAAACAGCUACCUGACAAGUGGCCUGGAACAACAAAUGGGAACAUACUCCGUCCAGCCAAGAGGAAUCUCCUGAAAGGGAUUCAGAAGCAAGAGAGCCAUCUGGCCGCUAUCCACGUCUUGUCUCAAUACACCGGGCACCUGCUGCAGAUAUACAAGAAAACACAAACAGAAGCGGCCGUGUUGUAUACCUGUACAUCUAAUGAACGCAUCGGUGCCACUCUCACAAAAGUUCAUGACGAGGAUUUGAACUGGCCGGAUAACAAUGCUACAAUAUCACUCUUUCCUCAGAGGCUACACAGACAAUGAACGCUAGAUUUAUAUUUAAACAAAUGAAAUGUUUCGGAAAGUGUUUACAGAAACAGCAUAAGGCCACCAACUACCACAGAUGUGUGAAGGCGUUAUUGAGAGGGUGCGGGAAAAGUCAAAAGAGAAGAAAAGGGGGACGGAAGAGGGUGAAGGGGAGAAAGGGGGAAAAGGGGAGAAAAGCUCAAAAGGAUGGAAAGAAAAAAAGAAAGGAUAGAAGAAGAAAGGGUAGUGGUAGGACGAAAACGCCUGUCAAUAACACAACACGUGCUGUAUAGAGAAAGACACCCCACCUCUGCCCGGCCCGGACUCGGUUUUAUAUCUUCACGACUGACAGGGUUUCACUGGAAACAAUGCUUUGUCCUUAACCAACUUGCAUAACUGGACUUCUGGAGCAAGGCCCCUUGUCAUUCUUAUUUUACACAUUCCUCACAUUCCACACAUUCCACAAAUUCCACAUAUUCCACAUAUUCCACAUCUUCCACACAUUCCACAUCUUCCACAUAUUCCACAUCUUCCACACAUUCCACAUCUUCCACAUCUUCCACAC